AUGAACCAGAGCCGGCGAUUCGUGCGAUGUCUUGUGAAUGGCGGGGAAAGCGGACUGGCUUGUGUUGAGAGCGACACAGCCAAGCUCCUGGUACCUCGUUCGUUGGUGGACCUCUCCCUACCGGAGGUUGACGUUUGGGUCAUCAACGAUCAGGGAGCUCCGGAUUCCGGCGUCAACCUGGAAGAUGUGGGCUCAUUCUUCGGGGAUAGUCGGGGAGCUUUUGGCGUGGCUUCCCCGACUCCAGUCGAUGAUGGAAGCGAACCAGAUGUUCUGAUGGCGAGCUUCGAGGACCAUUUCGAUUUUACAUAUGGAUUUAACGACUUGGCUACAACACGGAUGACAGGGGCGGCUGUCGUUCCCCGGGUGGAUCUUGCUCACCUGUCGUCAGUUCAGCGUGAACAGCUCAUGCAGGUACUUGAUUGUUACCCAGAUCUGUUUAACGAAGGGCUGCCUCCGGGUGUGGUGCCACACAUGAAGCAUAAGAUCAAAACCACGGACGACCAACCUGUCCAUGUGAAACAAUGGCGCCUCCCGGAGAGUACGCGGCAGUAUAUUCGUGCAGAGUGCGACAAGAUGCUUGCAGACGGGGUGAUCGAGCUUUCUUGUUCCCCAUGGCUCGCUCCCACUGUGCUUGUGAAAAAGAAUGAUGGUACGACACGAUUCUGCGUCGACUACCGUGUCUUGAACGCGUAA